AGCAUCAGUUUUGAAGCGUAAGGUGUUCUCACAGAAGAAGGAUCAAUCGACCUUUGUUGUUGUUGUGUGCUGCGAAGAUGAGUGUCUUGGACAGCGUUCGCCUGUUGCCAGAGGAGCGUGACGGCAAUGUCGCGUCGACGAGCGCGAUGGAGGUGGAGGAUGACACGGAGUGGGUGAACGUGGUGUACAGUCAGCUGAACGGCACCCCGGCACGCAACGUGAGCACGCGGUGGCAGCGGCUCAACAAACACCGACUAUUCAUUGGAGUGCUUUCGUUUGUUUUGAUGUGUCUCGGCUUGGUCUUGGCGGUGCCUCGGUCGAGCUGCGUGUCGUCGCUGAUUCCGUCGAUGGGAACCGACUGCAAAUCUGUCACGACCCUCUCGUACAUCAUAGCGGGGCUUCUCUGCCUCACCGGCUUCUUGGGCUGCUUGGCAAGUUACAAGGGUCUGCAUCUCUCUCUUUCUUGCUGUCUGGCCGUGCUGUUCUUGUGUUACGCCGUGCUGUGCGGAGGGUCUGCAGGAUUGGUGAUCUAUUCCCGCUUGCAUCAGCUGGAGAAUCUCGAGUCGGCGUGGCGACAACUAGUGGCGGUGAAGUCGCCUGUGGUGUGUGACAUCGAAAAGACGCUGCAGUGUUCGGGCUUUGCGGCGGGGCAAUGUUGUAGCGGAACGCCGUUGGUCGAGGGUAGCAAGGAGUCUCGAACAGUCGCCGUCUCCGAGGAUCAGACGCCGUGCUUCUUUCAAGCAGCGAAUGGCUCCACCUACGACGUGCACAACCGUAGCGAAAUAUCGUGGCCAGGCACCAUGUGCCUCUCAAGCUGCGCGGAGUGGAACUUGAAGACGACGGCAACGUGCGAUGCCCCGUUGAAGUCCAUGGUGAAGACGUACUUUUUCCACUUUGUGCUCGUGUUAUCCGCGCUCACCGUUUUCUUUGGCGUGCUGGGUUGCGUCACCAUAGCAGGAAUGCUGUGGCGACCCAUCAUUGACAGCCGAAUGGAGCACCGCUUUUGA